GCGCUUGAGCUCUUGAAGUCGCUGUCCAUGGAGAGAGACUGAUUAAUGAAGCUGCGAUUCCGGGUUGGAGUCUGUUUGCGAUACGGGUCGUUUGUGAGAUAUCACACAUAACGUGUACGCCGGAGAUACGUGAUACACUGAGACGCUGUAGGGAGAGCGAAGUGUUUAAACAGACGCAAAAAAAAAAAAGCCCCGAAUGGAUGGCGUCGAGCUGCAAACAAAUUCACCGUCGCAUCCUGUGUACAGGAACCAUCACACUAGUGCACUGUGGACCGGACCGGACGGGUUUAUAAUAAAACUGACGAAGCAUCAGUUCUGAGCUGGAGGAUUUGAUCAGAUCUUCCUGAUACAAAGUAAAUCAGCAGCAUUAGUGAUUAGACUGCAGGUUAGGUUGGAGCCGUGUUAGACCAGGAUGGAUUUAAAUGACACCAGGUCGUUAUCCGAGCUCAUGGGCCGGUAUGAGGGCGCGGAAACCGGAGUCGGUGUUCCCAAGGACGGGUGGAGGAUCUGCCUGGCGCAUGAGUUCAAGGAGAAAAGAAAACCUUUCCAGGCGAAAGACGUGUCCCUGUCCCACAUCAUACAGCACAUCGGCCUGGGAUUCAGGUAUUUAAAAUGGUGGUACCAGAAAACACGGGUUGAAAAGAAAGAACCCUUUAUUGACAUAUUCAAUGCUUUACCUCUCAGGCAGAUUUACGGUGCCCCUCUGGGAGGCAUUGGGGGAGGAAGCAUUACCCGUGGUUGGAAGGGGGAGUUCUGUAGGUGGCAGCUUAACCCAGGAAUAUACCACUACACAACAGUUAUUGCUGACCAGUUUACCGUGUGCCUGCGACGGGAUGGUCAGACAAUCUAUCAGCAAGUGUUGUCCACUGAACACCCUCCCACACUGCAGGACUGGAACUGGGGUUACCGCGGCGAGUUUGCAUUUUACCAUGCACUCUAUCCCCGGGCCUGGACCGUCUACCAGCUGCCCGGCCAGAACGUCACGCUCACCUGCAGGCAGGUGUCACCUGUCAUCCCACACAACUACGAGGACUCAAGUCUUCCAGUUGCGGUGUUUGUGUGGGACGUAGAGAACAAGAACGACUAUGCACUGGAUGUCACAAUCAUGUUUACCAUGGAGAAUGGAUCAGGCCAUAAGGAUGACAAAUGUGGGGGUCACUGGAAUGAGCCAUUCUGCUUGGAGAAAGAGGGCGAGUCUGUGUCGGGGGUUUUGCUUCACCACUGCUCACCGGUGAACCCGUACACACUGUGCAUGGCUGCUCAAGAACAGUCCAACAGAAAGAUCACCCAUCAGACUACAUUUAAUCCUAAUGACACUGGAAAGGCCAUUUGGAGUGACCUGAUGAAUGACGGCCAGUUAGAUUCACCCAGCAGCUCCAGCCCUCCCACUCAGAGAGGAGAGAUGGUGGCAGCAGCGUUGGCAGUGGGCUGCUCUGUACCUGCGCAUGGACACAACAGCCUAGAGUUCUCCCUGGCCUGGGACAUGCCGAAAAUUACUUUCGGCUCAAGGGAAAGAGAGCACAUCAGACGCUACGCACGUUAUUAUGGCACCAAAGGGGAUGCAGGCCCGGCUCUUUCUCACUACGCACUUACACAUUAUGAAGACUGGGAGAAGAGCAUUGAGGAAUGGCAAAGGCCCAUUCUGGAAAACAGUUCUCUCCCUUCCUGGUAUAAAUCAGCCCUGUUUAAUGAGUUAUACUUUGUUGUGGAUGGAGGGACAGUGUGGGUGGAGCUUCCUGAGGACUGUGAUGUCAGUGGUGGGCUUCGUUCAGAAGAAGGCGGUCUUCCAGCGCAGCCCCCUGUUCUUAAGGAGUAUGGCCGCUUUGCCUAUUUAGAGGGACAGGAGUACAGGAUGUACAACACGUACGAUGUGCAUUUCUAUGCCUCCUUUGCACUUAUCAUGCUCUGGCCCAAACUGGCUCUCAGUCUACAGUAUGAUAUUGCUGGUAGUGUGGUACAGUAUGACCCAACACAACGGAUCAAUCUCAUGAGUGGGCAUUACUCCCCAGUUAAGACCAGGAAUGUGGUACCUCAUGACAUUGGAGACCCAGAUGAUGAGCCUUGGCAACGUGUCAAUGCCUAUCAGAUUCAUGACACGGCAGACUGGAAAGACCUGAAUCUGAAGUUUAUCCUUCAUGUGUAUCGUGACUACCAUCUAACUCAUGACCUGCAGUACCUGACAGACAUGUGGCCCAUCUGCCAGGUGGUCAUGGAGACUGAACUGAAGUUUGAUAAAGAUGGCGAUGGCCUAAUCGAGAACUCCGGCUAUGCUGACCAGACCUAUGAUGGAUGGACUGCAACAGGACCCAGUGCGUACUGCGGGAGUCUGUGGCUGGCCUCAGUGUGUGUGAUGUGCAAGAUGGCACAACUACUAAAAAGUGACUUGGUGUAUGAGCGCUACAGAGACAUCUUGACGCGAGGCAGUGCUGCUUUCGAUAAACUACUGUGGAAUGGCAAGUACUACAACUAUGACAGCAGUGGGGGAAGUAUAUCUAAUAGUGUGAUGUCAGACCAGUGUGCAGGCCAGUGGUUCCUCAGGGCAUCUGGACUAGGAGAAGAUGAAUUUGAGGUUUUCCCUAAGGAGAAGAUCUGCAGCGCUCUAAAGAGUGUGUUUGAUCUGAACGUGAUGAGCUUUGCAGGAGGGCAGAUGGGAGCUGUCAAUGGAAUGAGACCAGAGGGAGUGCCUGAUCGCUCCAGUGUUCAGUCUGAUGAGGUCUGGGUUGGUGUGGUCUAUGGACUGGCAGCUACCAUGAUUCACGAGGGUCUGUUAGAGGAAGGUCUACAUACCGCUGAAGGUUGCUAUCGGACAGUGUGGGAGCAGACAGGAAUGGCCUUUCAGACUCCAGAGGCGUACUGUGAAAAAGGGAUCUAUCGCUCCUUGGCUUACAUGAGACCUCUCAGCAUCUGGGCCAUGCAGCUGGCCCUGGACAAUCGGACAAAUGUGUGCAAGACUACAGAGCCGGACAGAGAAGCAGCCCAUUUAGAGACGGAUUUACAGGAUGAAACGGUUAAAGAGAACUGCCAUUAAUGACUUGUGUGCUUGAUCUCCUGACUUAUAUGCACACUCAUUAAGUGUACAUUAAAAGCUUAAGUUUA